GGGCUGGAGCUGGAGACAGGAGGAGAGGGGCUGGAGUUACAGACAAGAGGAGAGGAGAGGGACUGGGGCUGAUCACAGGAGGUGAGGGACUUGGGGCUGGAGCUGGAGACAGGAAGAGAGGCGAGGGACUGGGACUGGAGCUAAGUGGGGCUGCAGCCAGGAGAGGCUGCAGUGUAGAGCCCAUCCCCGAGAUGGGUGGGAGGAGGAGGGCAGGCAGGGGCCAAGGAGGUGGAUGGGAUAUGGACUAUAGGUCUAACAUUACUAUAAAGACCAGGGUGAUGAACUAUAAGUCUAACAUUACUAUGAAGACCAGGGUGAUGAACUAUAGGUCUAACAUUACUAUGAAGACCAGGGUGAUGAACUAUAGGUCUAACAUUACUAUAAAGACCAGGGUGACAAAAUGCAGAAAAAUAAGAAGCUAAUGCCGUCUUGCUCUGAGGGUUGGAAACCGAGGGUAGAGGCAUCGGAAGACUCUGAUAGGCUGUUAGUUAUUUGUUUUCUAUUUUGUAAAAAAUGGUUGUUGUUGUUGAUACCACAUGGACUAUUUAAAGACUAAUCUAUGAAUAUGUAAAGAACUGGCUAAUGUAUAACCACUUCUCCAAUAUAUAACCUGCUCUCUAUUUUCCCUCUCUUUCUUACUGACCUUCUUGCCUUACUUUGGUUAGUCUCAAAUGGCACCCUAUUCCAUACACAGUGCACUACUUUUUGACCAGUGCCCAGGGCCACCUAGUCCACUAUAUAGGGAAUAGGAUGCCAUUUGGGACUUCUACAAAAGGAAGCUUGUAAACUUGAAAGAUGAAGAGUCUGUCCAGUCAAUAUUUCUGCUAAUCUCAUCCUCGCAGUGCCACGGAAACAAACCGCCCUGAUAUCGAACAGCUUUUACUACAGUACUUAUCGUUAUCAACACAUUACCACGUCACCAUACGGUAUGAAGAAGUGUCUUUCUCAAAUCCUUCCGGUUACUAGUCCAACGCUCUAACCACUAGGCUACGCUGCCUGUUGUUUGAGCCAGACCACAGUGGAGCACUCUCUCUUCCAAAGGUUUAAACAUCACCAAGUAGGUUGUCUGAUAAGAUCUGGGCUGUGUCCUAAAUGGGGCCCUGAUCAGACUAGUGCCCUAAACAGGGAAUAGGGCUUCCAUUUUUGGGACGUAGCCCUGUUCAUCAUUUUAACUUUCUGUUUCCAUGUAUGUUGAUCUGUUGACAGAAAGCUUGGGACCUAUUUUACCGAACUCAACCUAAAGCUUUGGCUGGAUUCCACCCUUAGGAUGACAGGCUAAAAGCCCAUGAAUAUCAAACACUUAACACAACGGAUGUCGUUCCUCAGGAGAACGUGUUAUAAUCAUUUUAACUUUACGUUGGCAUUAAUAAGCCAAGUAUGACAGACCAUUUGGGACCACUGAUUUGAUAGGUGGUAAACAUGUUGUCUUCUGCAAUAAAACUGUGUGUUUUUUUUAUCAACCUACGUGUCAGCAGUCAAGUUAAGAUAUCGAACAUUCAAGAAGUAAAGUGUCUCCGGCCGCAUCAUGAUGAUGUAUUUUUCAUCACAUUAAGCUUAUUACAUCAUCAUCACGAUGCGGACGAUGACGCUUUUCUUCUUGAAAGUCCAAUAUCUUCACUUGACUGGUGACACGCAACACAUUUUGAAACUGGAACUGUGGACUAAUGAAAAAACAUUAUACAAAAAAUAUAUAUUUUUUUUCAGACUUUUUCCUGUCUUUGUUCAGAUAGCACGUUUUUGACCAAUCAGAAAGCAUAAACAUUCCAGACUUCAGGUACAUACACUCUUGUCCUUGACGAUGACCAAAGGAAAUGCUUCUCAGUUUAUCUGCAGUUAAGGUCCCCUAUAGAGUGGCAAUAGAUGGUUUUAUGUGCCUAUGGGUUUAUUUAUGCUAUUGAUCUGAAUGGGAAACUAUAAUUCAGCUAAACAUCUAGUCAAGCAGCAUGGUGACCUAAUAGGGUUACAUCUAAUGAUGUAAGAAAAUAGUUGAUAAUGUCACAUCAAGGCUGUAAUGUGUGUCUGUCCUAUAAGCAUCUGCAAUAUGGACCCGUCCCUGUCUUCAUAACCCAUACCUUCAUCCUGAGUGUGUACGAGACGGUCCCUGUCUUCAUAACCCAUACCUUCAUCCUGAGUGUGUACGAGACGGUCCCUGUCUUCAUAACCCAUACCUUCAUCCUGAGUGUGUACGAGACGGACCCUGUCUUCAUAACCCAUACCUUCAUCCUGAGUGUGUACGAGACCGUCCCUGUCUUCAUAACCCAUACCUUCAUCCUGAGUGUGUACGAGACCGUCCCUGUCUUCAUAACCCAUACCUUCAUCCUGAGUGUGUACGAGACCGUCCCUGUCUUCAUAACCCAUACCUUCAUCCUGAGUGUGUACGAGACCGUCCCUGUCUUCAUAAACCAUACCUUCAUCCUGAGUGUGUACGAGACGGUCCCUGUCUUCAUAACCCAUACCUUCAUCCUGAGUGUGUACGAGACGGUCCCUGUCUUCAUAACCCAUACCUUCAUCCUGAGUGUGUACGAGACCGUCCCUGUCUUCAUAAACCAUACCUUCAUCCUGAGUGUGUACGAGACUGUCCCCGUCUUCAUAAACCAUACCUUCAUCCUGAGUGUGUACGAGACGGUCCCUGUCUUCAUAACCCAUACCUUCAUCCUGAGUGUGUACGAGACCGUCCCUGUCUUCAUAACCCAUACCUUCAUCCUGAGUGUGUACGAGACGGUCCCUGUCUUCAUAACCCAUAACUUCAUCCUGAGUGUGUACGAGACCGUCCCUGUCUUCAUAACCCAUACCUUCAUCCUGAGUGUGUACGAGACCGUCCCGGUCUUCAUAACCCAUACCUUCAUCCUGAGUGUGUACGAGACCGUCCCUGUCUUCAUAACCCAUACCUUCAUCCUGAGUGUGUACGAGACCGUCCCUGUCUUCAUAACCCAUACCUUCAUCCUGAGUGUGUACGAGACCGUCCCGGUCUUCAUAACCCAUACCUUCAUCCUGAGUGUGUACGAGACCGUCCCUGUCUUCAUAACCCAUACCUUCAUCCUGAGUGUGUACGAGACCGUCCCGGUCUUCAUAACCCAUACCUUCAUCCUGAGUGUGUACGAGACCGUCCCUGUCUUCAUAACCCAUACCUUCAUCCUGAGUGUGUACGAGACCGUCCCUGUCUUCAUAACCCAUACCUUCAUCCUGAGUGUGUACGAGACCGUCCCGGUCUUCAUAACCCAUACCUUCAUCCUGAGUGUGUACGAGACCGUCCCGGUCUUCAUAACCCAUACCUUCAUCCUGAGUGUGUACGAGACCGUCCCGGUCUUCAUAACCCAUACCUUCAUCCUGAGUGUGUACGAGACAUACACCGUGGAAAUGUUUGGGGUCACAUAGAAAUGUCCUUGUUUUUGAAAGAAAAGCACAUUUUUUGUCCAUUAAAAUAACAUCAAAUUGAUCAUAAAUACAGUGUAGAC